UAGACAUGAGAGUACGCGCCAAUCACAAAUAGUCAGAUACCGAGCGUGAUUAUUAUGUAUCUCCAUAAUCUUGCCACGUGCUUGUACAGGAAUUACAAAGGAAGAUGAUCGAUAAAAUAUGUCGCAUCACCGAACGAACCUUGCACAAAUACAACAGCAUCCAGCUUCUCUUCUAAUAUCGACAGCAGCAGCGACGACACUUGGCCAGACUCGCCCGACUCCGAUCUGUCGGUCCCAUCGUGAACCGGUCCCGAGUCACCUCGACUGCUCCUUAGAUGGCUUAUUUGUGAAACUCGUAUACAAUCGUGACAAUCGUGUCGUCCUCCGGAAGAUGAGUCUCAGGGAAGUCGUGGAGAGGAUUCAGCAUGUUCCUUCGUAUCUUCCUGAAGAUAAUGAAUAGAUAAAUACUUCGAUGCCCGCUGCAGCAACGAUAGCCGACGAGGACGACGUACGGUGCUACACAGGGGGUCGUAUUUUGCCACAGUCGGAAAGUCCUGGCGACAGCCCCAAUAACGGAAGACGACGUCAUCGGAUACUCUCGGGAUAUUCACGGGAUCUCUUCUAUGUGCUUCCACCACGUGGACGCUGCCCCACGUUGUUUCGAUACAUUUGGGACUGCCGCGUGCUGCCCCGUCAAUCAUGGAUGUUGACUGCCCGAUCGUAAGCCUGAAGCGAUCCAGCAGUGCGCCGAUGAUUAACGAGAUUAGCGCGACCAUGUCCGUCACGACGCCGUCUACAUCAUCGUCGAGGGAUGCUGUGUCAACCUACAAUAUAUUUUCUAAUUCUACGCGAUCACGACGCUUCAGCACUAGCAGUCCUGGUAAUGUUCCUAGAUUGACACCACGUGUGAGUCAAUUAAGACAGGAAGAAUGUGUAGAUGUUGCUGGCCGGGAAGCUGCACAUGAGAAGGAAAUUCAUAGUGCCAUGCAAAUAUCUCAGUCAUGGGAAGAUCUCACUUUGGAGGCGGAAGGACUAUCGUUCAAAGAUUCAGAGCCUUCUACACAGCAGCUUAACAAAAUGGAACGACCAAAGAGGUCGUUAGAUCCUCUAAGUUUAAAUCUAUCUAUUGGCUCAUCCCAGUGUUCUUCACCUUCACCCACAAGAUCAGGAUUUAAUCAAAGACAGUGUUAUUCUCCUGGCAUUCAUCUUUGGAAGAAUAAUUUGUCUCCUAGUCCUACGAGAAAAGCAUUUGCCACAAGGCGCAGCUUAAGUCCUAUAGCGAUAAGGCCAAGCUGUUUGGGGCCAGUUAAAAGAAAGUUCGAAUUAGACGAGACCGGGAUGGAUCACAACUUGCAGCCACCUGCAAAGCGCACGUCUGGUUUAUUGACAUCGGUUACAUCCAGGCUAGAUGCAAUGUCCAGUCCACUUCCAGGGACUAUUAGUUCUGUCGGUACACCUGAAUCGUUAUCGAGCGCAGAUUCACCUAGUUUCUCCUUCCGACCAGUGGACAGUCCGUCGCCGGUUCGCGCAGCUCCAAACAGUGACAGCGAUUCUCUAUCAGAUGCGAGUAAUCAAAGUAAACCAACAGAUCACAUUCAUGUCGAGCAGAUCAAUCAGGACAAUCACAGAUGAAUACAAGAGAUCGCGUCAUCGGACGUGUGAGAAUUUAGAGAUUCGACGUGUCGUAUUACGUGAUUAUUUUUGGCAUAUCGAUGUAGGAAAUAGAUCUAUGUCCUGCAUAUUGAAUCUAAAGUUCAGUGUAUCUUUCUCGUCGAUCUUGUCGUUCAAAGUGAAAAAAGCAGCGUUCUCGUAAUAGGACAUGGAUUGGAACUUUAAUGCAAGUGUGGUGUAUCUUAGAGGAAAUACCUCUAAUACGUUCUUCUUUUGAUGUACGAGUAAGCGUAGCGCCAAGAGUGUUCUCCUUUCAUUAUGCUACUUAUAUACAUAUCGACAAGAAGACGCUUCAUGUGUCUCAUAAUCGUUCUGUUAGAUUUAUUCCAGAGUGAAGCGUAUCCAUACUAUAAAUGAUUCAUUCUUUGUUUCUUUUUCCUUUUUUUAAGUAGUGAUGAUACAAUGAUGCUGUAUGAAUGCGAUAAUUUCCUUCUCUCUUUCAUCAUCCUCUGUUUUGCUCUUUAUCCUACUCACCGCUCACUCUUAUUUUAGCUUUUGUUAUCUAUUUGUAAUGAUAAUGUUUGAUAAAUCAUGUUUUGAGCAUUGGAUAAUUCUCUAUCCAACGAGUGUAAUUUUUAUAAUUCAAACUGUAUUUGUUACACAAAUGAUCAAAGUUGUAUUUUCAAACUGUAUUUGUUACACAAAUGAUCAAAGUUGUAUUUUCGCGUUUAUAAUCACAAUGGCUCAGUAAUAUUGUAGACAUAAUCAUAUACAUAUUGAUGCCUUUCUUUGUUAUAUUAUUUUCACUGAUAUCAGUGGGACUUGAAUUUUGAUUUUACCAAAAGGAAUGUGGGUUCCUUAUGCAUAUAUUUUCAACGUGCAUGUUUAAUUAAAUAUGACUAAUAAAUAUGACUAAUAAAUAUUUGAAAAAUUUACUCUAAAGCAAAAAAAGUAUGUUAAAAGCAGAAAUCGUAAUGUAAGAAUUUAAAAUAUACCUGAAAGUUUGAAAGAUUAGAAUAUCGUUUAAAUAUCUAUCUUCUCAGAUGUUUGAGUUUUUUAGAGGUAGGUACAUAUCCUGCAAGAAUAUGUCUUUUUGAAUAUUAAUAACAACGAGAAAAUUCGUGCAUAUCGCUCGUCUUUCUUAGUUUCAACUGUUAAUUUGCCGAAAGCUCGAUCAAGUAUAAAAUUCGAGUCCCAAUGUAUAUCAGACAUGUACACACACUCUUGUAUUUCAUGAGAUAAUGAUCUUGUUCUACAUAUAAAUAAUAACAAUAAUAUAUAGAUACGCGUUUGUGUUUCAAAUUUCUCGAAAUAAUAUAUGAAUAAUUUUUUUUUCUCUUUUUCUCUUUGAUGCUUUUUUAUGAAUAAUGAUGUCACAGUUUCUGCAGGAUGUUUUCUUAAAAACCAAAGCAUAAGUAUUAAGUCCAUUAUAUUAUAGUUAGUAGUCCUCGCCUUUUUCCCACCCGCCAUUUUUCUUUCCUUUUCAAAAUGCGUGAUUUCAUGCUGACAUGUGUGAAAUGGAUCAAACUCCAUAUAUUUCUGACAAAAUAUCUCUCAGAAAUUAUAACGCAAUAUAUUAUGCAUGAUCUUUAGAUCGAACGGAGCAUUCCAUAUUAUUUCAAUCAAAGGCAUUACUUUUGGAAUAUAUAUUUGUAUAAAUA